AUGUCAAGAACUUUCUCCAUAUGCUCGUUCAUACUAUUAUUACUAUCACUAUCACCACCAUUACUAAUAAACAAAUCACCAACAAAAGCACAAGCCUACAACAUUUACAAGUUCACAGAGACCGACCCGGGUUUAAUAGCACAAAGCAGCCAACACUUUAACGACUUAUCAUUUUUCCUAUGGCUAGCGAAACAAAAUCCAAACAACACUUGUAUACAGUCACGACAAUAUUUCCGGAUAAUUCGUCUAGACUUGAGUGUCAUACGAAUAGAUAUCGAUUUGCCGUCGCCAAUGCAAUCAUUGGUGUGUGAAAAGUGGGGUAAUAAGGUUUUUAGUAAAGUUCUGAAGCUACCGUAUUUUCUGGUAUCAUAUAUCAAUGCAACAAAGAAAAUUGGCACGGAUAAUGAUUACAAUUAUCAUCGUGUUGGGUUAUUGAUGGAUUUGGAUGGGACUGUCAAAGAUUCCUUUCAAAUGACUCCUAUACAAGAUUUUGCAAGUUCAGGGAUAUUAGUUGAAAAUCUUAAACCUGAUAAUGGAUUCUUAUGGCUAUAUAGCGUUUCAAUGAAUAAUACACUUGGAUGGAUAAAAUACAGCACAGUCAAUGAAAAUGGGAAAAUCACGCAACUCUCAAGCGGAAAUUUUUCGAUUGCAGCACAUUCUGCAAUUCCAUUUGCAAUGCUAGACGGGGGGUAUGGCCUAGCAUACGCACUAAACAAAACACACGAAACACAAUCAAACAAAGAUAAUAUUUCCGAAGCUUUAUUUGCAAACUGGGAAGUCUACGUGACAUUCUUACGACCAGCUGCUAAAGAAUUCAUGACACCCUUUCUCCUAUAUGGAACAACUCAGCAACUAAGUAAGCUAUACGUUUACUCUUGUAACUCGCCAUACGACGCUGAUGGUUUCAAGUGUCUGCUGAGAAUAGAAACAGGCUCCGGCAACAAAACACAAGUGCUAUUUAAGCAAGUGUGGUUUUUGACUAGUGGAUCAGUGUAUAAAAUUGAAGAUAUACCAUUAGCGAAUUCCAAAGAUGAAGUCAAUGAUAUUUCGACGUUGUUUUAUGGUGGAUUUUUAAUGACUAUUUAUAACAAGAAGGGAAUAGAUAAUAGCAGUGUUACUGGAUUUAUUUAUGAUUCAAAGGGAAUUGUGAAUGAAAAGUGGGAUAUUCCGGACAAUGUGCGUGUGUCGGAUGUUUAUGAUGUAUUACCGAAUAAUAGUUUGUGGGGUAUUUCUAAUGUCACUGAUACAAGUUUUAGUAUUGUAACUACUGAUUUGAAGAGAUUCAACGAUGACAAAGGAUACGGAAAUCCUAAAAUAAACAGUACAACUCCAGAAAUCAACGCCAAUGUCACCGAUACCUUAAAAAACAUCACUUUGACAUUCUUAAAACCGGUCGUACAGUCGACUGGUAAUAUCUCGAUCUAUCAAACAGACAUAAAUGGAGAAGAUUUAUUACGUCAAACAAUUUACGGAUUAUCUGGAUUUGUGUCGACAACCGAUAAUGAUUAUAGUGUCUCUAUUCAAAUUUUUCCGAGCACUUUUAAUCAGCCGGGCGCUAAUUAUUACGUGUUAAUGGAUAAUGAUUUCGUGAGAGAUAAGGAAUUAGCUGAACCGAUUCUUGGGAUUAAGAAGAAUGGGUAUCGGUUGCAUCGUAGUGAUAAUGACUCUGACCGUUAUUCAGACGGAACAACCUGUCUACUACGACUAACUACUGAAGGUUCUGGCUACUUUAAAAGUUUGUCAAAAGAGAAUAAAAAUUUAUUCUUCACCGAUAUUCGCAACGAAUUAAUCCGAAUCACACCAAUUGAAGCCAAUCGUCUUAGCACCUCAAAACGCUGGCAACAAGACUCCAAGACAGCUUCACAACAAGUGCUCAUGGAAUUUAAAGUUGAAGCAUUGCAAAAUUCAAAAAUUAAUACUAAGCGUAUAAUUACAGAUAUUGAUUUUUUGGUGCGGUUUAAAGCUUAUACGCCGAUUGCGUUAUCGAAUUCUACUUAUUUGCUUGAUGAGGAUUAUGGAUUUACUUCUGCACCUAAUUUAUGGGAAAAACUCAAGUAUAAACUGUUUUAUCUAGGUGGUGGAAUAAUACUUGUUUGCACAGCAUUUUUGUUUGGUUAUUUUCGAUAUCCAGAAGGAAAUAAUUCGAUAGUUUUUCAAUUCGCAUUGAUUUUUGUUGAUUUCACAUUUGAUAUUCUUUUUAUCAUAAACAACGGGCAAGACGUUUCAAAUCUAUUUUAUCCAAGUAUCAUCAUCCUUUGCCUCUCAAUAUCAUUUAAUGGAAUCCUAGUAUUCCUAAUAAUUCUCCGAGAAACCGCGCAAAACUACGAAUUUUCAAAAUGGUUCCACUCGAAUAUGCGCAUCACCACAAUUUUCACUAUUAUCAGCGGUGCCGAUGCUGAUGCAAUAAGAAUAAUCGGGUCACGAUUUGCAGGACUGAAGAUGUUUAGUGCCCCAUUUUCGAUAAAAGCUACUGGAUGGAUUUUUUGGGGGAGUUUUGCUACGUUAUUUAUCGAAGAUAUUCCACAGUUUACUAUACAGAUCUUAUACCAAAAAUACACAAUUGCAUACGACAUUAUUCCUUUUCUAACACUAGUAAUAUCCUCAGUGAUCCUCGUCAACAAUCUCAUAUUUCGAACAUUCCACGCAUUCCACUACUGUCGUAAUCGCGGCGAAUACACACCAACCUCACAAAAUCUUCAUGAGGAAGAUAUAACUGGAAUUUAUGAUGUGCCAAUAUCUUCAGCACCAAAAGAACCUCUACAUAUCGGAACGGCGCCUGGAUCUGGUUUGGGUAGUCCAAAAGUAACUUCUUUUGAGAGUGCUCGUAGGACUGGUGGUAGUAGUGUAAAUGGUUCAACACAUGUGCACGGCUAA